AUGUCUGCUCGAAUAAAUCCUCAUCGUCCGUCCAUUCGCCUCUCCCCCGUCCACUCUCGCCAAAACUCCGCUGCCUCCGACAGACCCGGGGCGGUCUACCAGCAGCUCGACCCUCUCCUCAGCAACCUCUCCCCCGAAUCCACCCUCCAAGCCCUCACAUCCACCGACGCAGUCUCAGACGAGAAAGCCGCCCAUGAUAUCCUCUCACAAAGCAUCUCCCAGGUCUCGCCCGCGGAACGCGCGCUUGGGAUCCGCGCGGCGGUAGCUGCCCAAAACCUAGACCUCUGGCACAAAGAGGUUCAGUCAUGGGCCUGGCCUAACGCAAACGACGCGAAGGUCGGAAAGGGCUUCAUCCCUCCUCCUGGGUCUAGCUCUGGUAGCAGUCCCUCUCGUUCCGGAUCAUUGUUCCCUCCUGGGUCGGACGGCACCUACUAUGGUAGCUUGACAUCAAGCGUCGUGGAGUGGAGCGAGAAGCGGAUAGAGGAGAUCCGCGAUGGAAUGGAAGAUCUUCGCGUGGAAGAAUUGAAGGAACACGUUUUGAACGCCCACAUUCCAUCCAGGUCCCGCCCUUCCUCCGCUACAAGCUCCGUGUCCGUGCCUCCUCCGCUGAGUUAUGUGCAAUUGAGUGACUUCACCGCGGUCAUCACGGCGACAAUCCUACGCGCCCUUCCUCAUCUAUCGCGUCUGAACGCGUUGCUUUUGACCUGGGAUGUUCGGCUGCUGGUUCUGCGCCAGAUCCCUGGCUUGCUUCGGGAGCUGUCUAUUACGCGCUCUGCGAUCGACGCUGCCCUUGACGCACUCCGCAACACACAACCAGACUUGCAGCGAUACUCCGAUGAGUCUCUCGCCGCCGACCAUGUCAAAUUGGAGUCAGCUGUGGUUGUGGUGGGAAGGCGCAUGGAUCGCGUUUUAGACGCGUUGGAAGGUCGCCCGGACUCAUUACCUGAGCAAUGGAUUGAUGAUCUCGAGUCAAUUGAGUCUGAUUUCGCUGCUUGGGUGGUCGAGGCUGAAAAGUAUAAGGUCCACAAUGAGUGGUUGCGGUCUAAGCUCGAGUCUCAGGCUGAAACGCCCGUCGACCAUUCAGUCCAACCACAGACCUCAUUGGAGAACCCUCUUGACGAUCAGACCCUGGCGCCCGCGCCCGCCCCCCCAGAAGUCAAAAUACCUGAAACAGAUCUCAGCGUUCAAGAAACAGUCCAAGCUCCGGAUCAUUCAUCUACUGAACCGGAGCAAGUGAACCUGGCCCACAAUGAACCAUUAGUCUCUCGGGAUGCGGAUGCACAUCCGCACCUUACAGUCUCCAUAUCAUCACCAGAACUCCCUGCUACAGCAAAAAGGGAUGACCUCAUCCCUGUGCUUGUGGCAGAGGACUCAGAAACGCCAACUCAGUCUGAUUUCCCACCGGACGUUUCUUCCAUGAAUGGGAAACCUUCCAACCUUGCCUCUUGCACGGUUCAAUCUGAUUUGGACAACAAAGAGAAUAUCCCCCCACUGGGCUUUGAGCAGCUUGAUGGAUCUAAUUCUCCAAUCACAAACACCCCUACGAGACCACAACCAUUAUCCGAGAACUCGGGUGCAAGUGUGAAUUCGUCCGUGGACCACUCAGUUCUCAAUGAAGAAGUGACUCUGUCUUACAGCACUGUUGCAAAUGAUGUGCCAGCUUCUCAGGCGACGGGUGAAAGUCAGCUGCCUCAACAAAUCCCAUCGAAUGUUAUACCAGAGGCACAAACCCCAUCUCAAGUGGCUCCCCGAUCUCAGCCGGUUGAAAUCACCCCAGAGCCCACUAGCCAUGGCGAAGACCCAAAGAUGACGAAAGACUCUGGUGUUGACAUUGGAGCUGAAACCCCUGCACCGGCCAAUAUUUCUCCACUCACUACACCAAAGACAUCCGAUAGUCGCCUCCCAAAAAUCAGGCCAGCAUUCCGCGGAUCCCAAAUCCCACUGGCUUCCCCCAAGUCCGGAUCAACCCACACCCCUAUCAAGUCCGUGUCUCGAGCUGAGGAGAAAUUUGAAAACGUGCCAAAAACUCUUCGCAAGCCGCUUCAGAGCCCUAUCAAACUUGCCGAGACUCGUUGUGUCAAAGCCGGUCUUGAAAAGGGCAGCUCAACGCCUCGCAAAAUCUCCCAUCGUCGUCGCACAUCCACCGGGUCAGUCGGCUCACUGCUCUCGGAUCACUCGUCUCUCAUCUCCAGCCCGGAUGUACCGGAGCCACGCACUGCGUCUUCAAAUGAGACUCAAGCAGACAACUCAUCCCGCUCCAAGCCCAUACGCCCUCCACCGCAUGGCAUUCAACCUUUGAGAGAAGACCGACUGCGCCGUUUCGAGGAUCGAAAGCCUGAUUCUAUGGUAAUAUUUCCACAGACUCGUGCGGUCAGCCUACCUCUGGAGCGAUUUAUCAAUGAAAGACUGGAGUUAGGUCUGUCUGGGGAGUCGGGACCUGCUGUGAAGCAUUCUAACAGCCGGCCUAUCACAUCUUCCGACUUCCCCAAGCCUCCAAGAUCCCAGGCUUCAUCUCCCGCCCAGAGUGUCUCUAGGCCUAUCUCGUCAGUGCCACGUCCUUCGGGUCGUCGACACACACUUUCCCGAGGAAAAUCCUCGUCUGGAUUGAAUGUUCAGAAUGAGACGGCAAGAAAUGCCGAGCAGCACAGGAAUGCCUUCGCCCAGAACACUGCACGACGGGCCUUGGAGCAUCAAGCGGAACCGAAGUCCAUGCGGUUGCGCAAGCAACUCACUGCUCACCCAAGCCUUGAAAGCCUGGGCAUGAAGCGACAAGAGUUGUCUUAUGUGGAUGAGCAUUCUUCGGAGUUGACGAAUUUCGAGUCUCGAGCCUCUUCCCCUGCCCGGCAUCACAGGCAGCCGAGAGAUCAUCUUGACGAGAAGAUCAGCUCUAUCCUCAACUCCUUGCCUGGUCACAUUCACCUAGUCGACUCCCACCACGAAGCGGAUACAUCCUCAUCUUCGUCAUCCAUGGACCGAAGGGUGCGGCACAGAUCGGAAUCUCCUUGCGGCCCACCGACUCGCAGCACCACACCCGCGCCUUCCUUGACGCUGAUGCCAGCCGGCCGCAGAAGGCUAUCACAUGCCUACAAGGCAGAGGACAGCUGUGUCAAGCUCUACCACCUUCACAACGGUGGUCAGUCCGCCCCCACGAAGCUUUUUGUCCGCACCGUCGGAGAAGAAGGACAACGCGUGAUGGUUCGUGUCGGCGGUGGAUGGGCUGACCUGGGUGAAUACCUCCGUGAAUACGUCAUCCACCAUGGCCGUCGCAAGGUAUCCGAAACACCUCGCGUCGAAGUCCAAGGCAUCAAAACUCGUCUUUCCCCCUCAUAUACCUCCCCGGGCGCCCUUCUCACCCCGGCAACCUCAUAUCUCACCUCGGGUCGCGCCACACCUUCUCGCCCUCCAUCCUCCCUCAGUGCCCGCCCACCCUCCUCCCUCACCGUUCACAAAAAGCGUCGCGGCUCAACUGCCUCAGACAUCAUGGGCACACGCGCUGUUACAACCGGUCACAUCAACUCCUUUACCUCACCACCACCACCUGUCCCCCCCUCUCCCCACUUCUACCGGCCGACGUCUCUCCAUGUCUUCCAGCUACUCCGUUGGGGACUCCCACUCUCCCAACACCGCCAACGAGCUCGCUUCGAGUCUAUGAGUCCCGAGGGCGAAGCCUGGGUCGAGGAUGUCCUCAACAAAACUCGCCGCUCAAGCUCCCAUCACCCACCACACUUCACCCUGGGUUCUCCCCCCUUCAUCGACAUCGAUGACCGAUCUGAUGUCGACCGAAGCACCCACUCCCUUCCUAAGGUCCGCAGUAUCGGUGACAUCGGCUCCAUCGGUACUAGUCGACGGGUCGUGCUGAGAGGUCUUGGGAACCGUCGUUCCUAA